UGCUUCAGGGGAACACCCUGCCGCGGGUGAUGGGCCGGGCAGCGGCGACGGCGCCGUUCUCCACGGCGUCCGGGGAGACCAUCCGCGCCACGCUCUUCCCCGGUGACGGCAUCGGGCCCGAGAUCGCCGAGUCCGUCAAGCAGGUUCGAAGAUAAGCCAAUAUGGACAUUGACCAUGCCUCGCAGGAUAGUAUUCGUUUUAUCCCCACUCAUAGAAUGACUAUUCAUUGACUCUUUGUCUGGCGUCCGCAGGUUUUUUUUUUUUUGCUCAGGCCAGAAAAGAGUGAAAAAUGUUUUGAUGUUCUGUUACCCACUAGCCAUCUAUGGACCCUAAACCUAGAAGAUAAAACGAACUCAGAUCUGGAUGGUAAACACAUUAUAUAACAAAGGUGGGACAGGAGGUUGUCAGAAAUCGAAUAAAGGAGAGGAGGCUUGAAGAGCUGGUUUCUUCACCCAAACAGAGAGGAAGAAUGAUUCUUCACCGCUUCACAUGUUCAUCUUCAUGGUAUUCAAUGUUGCAGGGGUACCGAUAGAAUGGGAAGAACAUUAUGUUGGUACAGAAGUUGAUCCCAGAACAGAGAGCUUUUUGACAUGGGAAAGCUUGGAGUCGGUGCGUAGAAACAAAGUAGGCUUGAAAGGUCCUAUGGCUACACCUAUUGGAAAGGGCCACCGAUCUUUGAAUCUUACAUUAAGAAAAGAACUUGGACUUUACGCCAAUGUCAGACCUUGCAACAGCCUCCCAGGCUACAAGACUAGAUAUGAUGAUGUUAACCUGGUGACAAUUCGUGAAAAUACCGAAGGAGAAUAUAGUGGCCUUGAGCAUCAGGUUGUGAGAGGUGUUGUGGAAAGUUUGAAAAUCAUUACUCGCCAAGCAAGUUUAAGAGUGGCAGAGUAUGCUUUCCAUUAUGCCAAGGCCAAUGGCCGGGAAAGGGUCUCUGCGAUACAUAAAGCAAAUAUCAUGAGGAAGACAGAUGGUCUUUUUCUCAAGUGUUGUCGUGAAGUGGCCGAGAAGUACCCUGAAAUUACAUAUGAGGAGAUCAUCAUUGACAAUUGCUGUAUGACGCUUGUGAAGAAUCCUGGUCUUUUUGAUGUAUUAGUGAUGCCAAAUCUUUAUGGUGACAUUAUUAGUGAUCUAUGUGCUGGUUUGAUUGGGGGCUUGGGCCUAACACCCAGUUGCAAUAUUGGUGAAGGUGGCAUUUGUCUCGCAGAAGCUGUUCAUGGUUCUGCUCCUGAUAUUGCUGGCAUGAAUCUUGCGAACCCAACUGCUCUGAUGCUGAGUGCUGUUAUGAUGUUGCACCACUUGCAAUUCAAGGACCAAGCAGACCGGAUCCACAGUGCCAUCCUCCAGACUAUCUCCGAGGGGAAGUUCAGGACUGGUGAUCUUGGCGGAAAGGCAUCCACAUCAGAGUUCACAAAUGCAGUUUGCGAUCACAUCUGAGAACCAUAUGUGGUUCUUUUCAUCUCAAUUUUUGUUGCGUGCCAAGAGGACCUUUAGCUUUAAGUGGUUAACUGGCGGCAUCUCCAACUUCUUUGGGCCUAUAACACGGUUCAAGACCGUAUAAUAAUUUUUUUUGUCGCAUUCUUUCUCUUCAGUAAUUCUUUCAGCAUUGCAAUCGACUCGAAAGAAUCGUAUGUAAUAAUCAAUGACAGCAUUAUAGCAGUAGAUAGAUUUUUUUAUUCGAGUUCUUGAAACCAGGCCAGUUGGAAAGCCGGAUAAUAUUUUCGCUGUCGGUCUUGUUAUUCAGUUAUUGUCCCUUUGUUUAACUUUA